GCAAUAAGUUUACCGGAUCGAGCCGCCAGUCACUCAGUGCAGGUUGACUUCCUCUGCUGGAGCGCAGUGGUGCUCCACUCCACUCAUCUCUUAUCUGUCGCUGCGAAACUGCACGAAGCCAACUGCGUGUCCGUGAACGCCGCGUCGCAGGCAGCAGGGCUCAUCCACACGCGCAGAGCGGUGUGCCACACAUUCGUGACUCCGCGCCAGAUGCAGCUCGCACCCGACCAGCGCGCGUAGUUUUGUAGUGAAAUGGAGACCGCGGAGGCAAGAGGAGCAUCCAAGUGCGCGGAAAAGAUGGAGAAAGAAGUGGCGCCUCAGAAGCGGCACUAUUACCGCACGGCACUGCUCAACAUUAUCUCGUCUCUGUGCUCAGUGGCGUCCGUCGCCUUUUGCAUUCUUCUGAGCAUUAACGCAGCUGACGUUAAUAGCCGGGUUCUGCACUUGGAGACCGGGAACGGCGAGCACAGCUUCCUGCGUGCUCCCGGCUACUCGAUGGAUGACUUUAAUUCAUUGAUUGGACAACGCGUGGACGAGCUGCUCUCUCAGCGCUCCUAUGAAAAUUUGGUCAAGAUUCGGACAGCAAGACAAGCAUCACCUGAAUGCAACUGCCCUCCAGGACCUCCGGGAAAGCGAGGAAGAAGAGGCCGCAAUGGAGAACCUGGUAUGCCAGGCACUGCGGGUACCAAGGGUGAAAAGGGGGAUCAAGGCGACCAGGGACCACGGAUGGUCUUCCCUAAGAUCAAUCAUGGCUUUCUUUCCGCUGACCAGCAGCUCAUAAAGCGACGGCUCAUUAAGGGAGAUCAAGGGCAAGCUGGAUCACCUGGGCCACCCGGACCACCGGGACCUCCUGGGCCGAGGGGGCCUCCAGGGGACACGGGGAAAGAUGGACCCAGAGGUGUACCCGGUCUGGCAGGUGAUCCGGGGCAGAUUGGAGAUACAGGACUCAUGGGACCUGAAGGGCCAGAAGGGGUGAAAGGUUUCCUCGGGCCUCCUGGCAACCCAGGUGUUAAUGGACUGAAGGGCGAUGUUGGCAUCCCAGGAUUGGACGGUGUCCCCGGAGUUAAGGGUGAAAUGGGAGAGGCAGGUGAAAAGGGCGAUUUGGGUGAAGAUGGACCGAAAGGUGAUCUUGGAGAGAAGGGAGAUGCAGGCUCUUCUGCAGCAGGCAUCAAGGGUGAACCCGGAGAGUCUGGACGAGGUGGAGUAAAGGGAGAGCCAGGACUUCCAGGGCUGCCUGGACUCCCAGGGAUAAAGGGCGAGCCUGGAUUCCUCGGCCCCCAGGGAGAGCCAGGGCUUCCAGGACUCCCUGGAACGAAGGGAGGCAAAGGCGACCACGGCCCACAGGGAAAGGGUGAAAGAGGAGAACUGGGACCCCUUGGACCAAAGGGUUCACAGGGGGAGUUUGGUACACCCGGGUCUAAAGGUUCAAAGGGGGAAAGUGGAGAUAAAGGAGAGCUUGGAUCAUUUGGCCCGAAGGGGCCCCCUGGACAGAAAGGAGACCAAGGAGCCACUGAAAUUAUUGACUACAAUGGAAACAUUCAGGAGGCUUUACAGAAGAUUACCACAAUAACAGUCACGGGGCCUGCUGGACCUCCUGGGCCGAUCGGACCGGCGGGUAUAAAGGGGGAUCGUGGGAUGCCCGGUCUGCCUGGACUCGAUGGGGAAAGAGGCUACAAAGGUUCCAAGGGUGACAUGGGAAUGCCUGGAGCAUCAGGGGAGAAAGGAGCAACCGGUUUACUUGGUCUACCUGGUGUCAACGGGCUAAAAGGAGAUAGAGGAGAUUCCGGUCUGUCUGGCCCUCAAGGUUCUUCAAUCGUCGGCACUCCAGGGCUAUCAGGGCCGCACGGACCCCCAGGACCCAUGGGCCCCCAUGGUUUCACUGGACCAAAGGGAGAAUCUGGUUUGCAUGGCGUGAGGGGUAUUCGAGGGGAAAUGGGACACAAAGGGGAUCGUGGACCAUUGGGUCUUCCGGGAGCCUCCGGCUUGGACGGCAAGCCCGGAAUUAUGGGCACGGACGGUCCUACGGGUCCAGCUGGGCCAAAGGGCGACAUAGGUGAGAGAGGAGCAUCAGGCGGACCAGGACCAAGAGGACCGUAUGGACUACCUGGAGCUGCUGGAACAGCAGGCUUGGAUGGGUUGGCAGGCUUAAGGGGAGAGAAAGGCGACCUUGGGGAAAGAGGAGAAAAGGGUUUCCGGGGAUUUAAGGGUGAAAAGGGGGAACCAGGUCAGCCAGGUCUGGACGGGCUGGAUGCCCCGUGCCAAUUGGUACAGUAUUUCUCUUUUUCCUCCACCUCUUACCCAUGCAUGCCGCUCACCUUCAGUCGCUGCUGGAACGAGAACAAACAUGCAUGACUUUAACGGGCAUGAACACACCUCAUUUUUAAUCACAACUACAUUUUCCAUUUAUGAAUUUGUUGAACAGCUACAUCCACCAACAUUUACCUUCAUAUAUACUAACUUCCUGACCGCAAGCAGCCUCUUUUCGAUAAUACACAUCAUUACAAGUGAAGUAUGCAAAAUAAACACAUCAUUAUUGAUAGAAUUGAUACUAUCUAUCCUUCUAACUGAAUUCUUCCAUUCCCUUGAUUAAAACUGAAAGCAAAGCUUAAAUCCUGUUUCCUUCCUGCUGAUUCCUCCAUUGACCAGUUUACCUUUUAACCUGAUAUUAACACAGAAUCCCAUGGACCACUCCUCUACUCCCACUUCCCCCUUCCUGUAGUUGUACCAAUUGGGCCAGACCAUGACCGCAAUAGAUUAAACGGAGUAUUGCUCCAGAUCUAUUUAAAAUAAGAUUCUUUUUUUUAAAUGUUAUACUUUUUAUAAUGCUUCCUGCUUCUUAAAGAAUGAUGUGUACUGCGUGGACGUUCUUACAUCAUGGGUUUAACUUUUAGGGGUUAAAGUAUUCUAACUCAUUUCAAAAGGCCGUAGUGAUUGUGUGUCCUGUGUGUAGACAAGGAAAUGAGGUCUAGUAGGUAAGAAACUCUCGUAUCACAAAUGGCAUCUCAUUAUAUUACAUCUACACCAGCUGCAAUAACUUUAUUUUAAGAUAAAUCCCCUGAUUUUGUCAUAUUGUCCCCAAAUCCAGCUUAUUGUGCUUUUGCAACUUGACUGUGGGGCAACUAUAAUAAAAUCAGAGCGCAGAAUCAUCAACAUAUAGAUGUGCAUGAGCUGUAUUUCACUGUGUGUUACGUGCAUGUAUAAGAAUACACUUUUGCCAUUACACGCAAUAUGUUAUAUGAUUUUAUCACAACGCCCAGAGGGAAUGUGUUAUCGUAAAAAUUAAAAACAAGCAGCGUCAUAUUAACAGUUUACUGUAGGUUACGUUCCUGUUACACAAAGACUUAUGAAAAGGUUCAUGUCAGUUUGAUUUGGGCUUAUUGUUUGGAUGUUUCUGUUAAAACCAAACCUCCCAUUCUUCUUUCAGUUCUCAUGUUUUUAUUUCCUUCCCUGCUACUUUCUCUAAACAGGGCCCAGAUGGAUUACCAAUGCCUGGAUGCUGGCAGAAGUGAUCGCUCUAACCUGCAACGCAUGGAGUUUGUAAAUAAUGCUUCUUUUAUGGUAUUUAUAGUUUUUUUUUUUAAUGGGGGAAGAAAAAAAAAAGUGUAAAAAAAAAAAAAGAAGUCUAUGUGUACAAUGAAACAAACAGAGAUAACCGUCCCGCGUCUCACACCGUAAGCUGCUUCUACUCACAUCACUGUGUGGAGGAAAAAACCCCAGACACGUGUGUCCGCUUCCUCACAUCCACAUCGUGGUGGAGUUCAGAUCCUUGUCUGGCGGCAGAACUUGUCUCCGUAGUCUUUGCAUGGCUCAGACUGGAGCUUCACGGCCCGGCCAGACUCGCAAAGGGUGAAAGGAGACGAGGAAGGAAGGAG